UGCAAGCCAUGGAUCCUGCGCUCCCAUGAAAUCCUGUUUCAGUAAAAGAUACAAGUGGGUAAUUAUCUAUCAUAUUCAAAGAUUAAUAUGGGGAACAAGAUCUUGAUGCUUUGAUUAAUAAUAAUAAAUCUUACAUCUCUCUGUACUGUAUGUGUAUUUAGUUGUCACUGGAAACUCAAACCCAGGUUCCAAUUGGAUAUUUUUCUCUCUCUUUCUCUCUCCUGCUUUUUCUUUCCCGGGAAAGUUGAUUCUUCUUUUAUUUUUUCUUGUUAAGAAAACGUUUCGGUUUCUAGCGCGAAACAUAAAGCCUUCAACGUCUUUUCACCAGAAAACAUGGGUUUCUGUUGAAACUAACAAAAUUUCUGUAAAAACUUCCUGUCAUUUUCUCUCCCUGUCUUCUUUCUUUUUUUUCCUUAGAAAACUUGCUUGAGUUCCGAGUUUCUUUUUGUUAAUUUUUCAUGUUUUGAUAUGUUAUAUUUUGAUUUGGAAUCGGAGAAUUAAUGUUGAAUGAUAAUCUUUCGUAACUUUUUUUGGCAUCGUGAAGUAGUCUCUGUUUAUUUCUCGAAAUUUGAUCAAAGCAGAGUUGGCUUGAGUUUUCUUCAAGUUUAGAGCAAAUAAAAAUUCAAAGAACGGUCACUUGUUGCUUCACUUUUCUUCUUUCACGGAUAAUUUGAUUUUCUGUAAUAUUUGGAUUCUUCGGUGGCCGGAGAGGGGUUGAAUGGGGCAACAUUUGCCGGUAGAACACUAAACAGAAAUUCAGAGAGAACAGAGUUUUAUUUUCAUUUCAUAUUUUGCUAAUCUUCAAUUUUCUUUUUCAGUGUAAAGCUCCGUAAAUUUAGCUCUCUAAAUGUCAAAAAAUAGAAUUUUCUCUUAGACAAAAUCUGUUUUUCUCUUUCAUAAAAUAAAAAUCCCUAUAAUUUCUCUCUCCCUCUCACUUUUUUUGUCAUUGUUCUCUGUUUUUCGCUUUCCUUUCUUUUCAAAGUUGGUGCUGGGAGCCCUUUGAAUCUCUCCCUCCCUCUCUCAUUCGGUUGUGACCAUGUUUCUUGACAAGGGGUCAACUCAAUCUAAUCUGGACUGCUUCCUCCAUUGCACCACACCCUUAGUUUCAUCUCAAUUUCUCCCCAAGACAGAGAUUAGGAACCUUAACACGUUAUGGCAUCCAUGGGAGAGGGAAAAGAUUGAGUAUUUCACAUUAGGUGAUCUAUGGAAUUGUUAUGAUGAAUGGAGUGCGUAUGGGGCUGGGGUUCCUAUUUCUUUGAAUAACGGUGACAGCUUGGUUCAGUACUAUGUGCCUUAUCUAUCUGCAAUUCAAAUCUUUACCAGCAAUUCAUCCGUGAAUGGGUUAAGGGAAGAGGCGGAUGAUGGUGAGACAAGGGAUUCAUUUAGUGAUUCUUGUAGCGAUGAGGGUGAGAGUGACAAAUUAUGGAGAUGGGACGGAUGCUCUUCUGAGGAAGGAGGAUUAGAGCAAGACAAUCUUUUGCAUGUGAAUGAUAGAUUGGGUUACCUUUAUUUCCAGUACUUCGAUAGAUCAACUCCUUAUGGAAGAGUUCCUCUCAUGGAUAAGGUUAACGGAUAUGCUCGCAGAUACCCCGGUUUGAUGUCAUUGCGAAGUGUUGAUCUUUCACCAGCUAGUUGGAUGGCGGUAGCUUGGUACCCAAUUUAUCAUAUUCCCAUGGGAAGGACCAUAAAGGACUUGUCUACAUGCUUCCUCACAUACCACACUCUUUCAUCUUCUUUCCAAGAUAUGGACCCUGAUGAUGACUUUGAGGGUGCUGAAAGGAAGCGUAAGGAAGGGGAAGGGAUCUCUCUUCCUCCAUUUGGUUUGGCCACUUACAAGAUGCAAGGGAAUGUGUGGGUCUCUGGCAAUUGUGGCCGGGACCAAGAGAGACUAAUGUCACUUUUCAGUGUGGCAGAUUCGUGGCUAAAGCAGCUGAGGGUCCAGCACCAUGACUUCAAUUACUUCUCGGGGAUCAGGCGUGGCUAAGAACCACUAUUUCAAGAUUUUCCAUGAAAGUGACUGAUCAGCUUCUUUUUGGGACUUGGUUUUGUGCUUUUAGUGUGAAGAUUGUAGUUGAUUCUCUCAUUGUCAUGCUUGUGUACAUGAGCUAGCCCAUCUUUUUUUGCUGCUUUUUACGCGGUUAUCAGGGUUUUUAUGUGGUUAGAUAGCUAAGUCUGAGAGACAUAGGAGAGGUUCUUGAACAUUUGUGGAUUGUGUAAUACAUUCGCUUGAUCUUUAAUGAAAAUCCACCGGAGAUAGAACAAAAUCUUGCAGGUUUUGCUGAA